AAAUAAGCCGCUUGGACAGAGGCGCUGACAUCAAGCUUCUGGAACAAAAACUGAAACUAGAACUACAUUUAAAAUUCAACUUGACCGUUAACAGACAGUCUUUGUUCUCUGAAUCGACCUGCUGAGUGUGAACACCUGUCUGUCAGGUUGUAGUUGGAGCACAGAGGACGUACAGCGACAGGUGAGCGGCAGGUAACUGAAGGUGAACAGAUCGUCCCAGCUGUGUUUGGUGUGCAGGAGUUGAGACGCAUCAGAUGGACUCAUCCAAACCAGACUCGUGUUUCCUGAGAAGCACCUCAGCAGUUUCCCUCAACGAGCGCUUCUCUCAGGUGCUGGACCAGCUGACCCGGUCCAGGAUGGUGACCUUUGACCCCCUCCAGCUGCAGCAGAGGAGGGUGUCCGCCCCCCCGCCGGUGGUCCUGCUGGUGAAGAGGGAGCCGCCGUCCUCGCUCGCCCUGCAGGUGAAGCAGCGUCUGGCGAGGCGGAGCGUCUGGACUCGGCUCGGCUGGCGGCGGGCGACUCGUCGUCUCGCCGCCUCCGGAGCCCGCCGCGGCUUCUGGAGCUUCAGGAACAAGUACAGGUGGAGAGCCGCGUUAAGCUCCGCCCACAGGAGACGAGGUCACCUGUGGAGGCGACUGGGUCAACGCCGCCGGCCGGAGAGACGAGACGUCCAGACGCCGACUGCAGGACGACAGCUCCACCUGGACCUGCGGAGGGGCGGGGCCGCUGCCUCGAGGGGGCGUGGCCUGAGCAGAGCGGAGGUGCCGACCAGGAAGCAGCUGGACGCUCAGCUGGAUGAGUACAUGUCCACGUCCAGGAGCAGACUGGACAAACAGCUGGAGGACUACAUGUCGCUGUCCAGGAGCCGGCUGGACGCCGAGCUGGACGAGUACAUGUCGAUGGCAGGACAGACGCCGCUGCACUGGGACUGAGGGGGGGAGGGGGGGGGGGGUGAGGGAGUUUAUGAAUCAUUUUGGACUGAAACAUGAGGGGAAACUUUUCAUCAGCUGCUCUCACUCUUAGUUAUUUAGAUUUAAACAGUUUAAUCAGACGACUCUGUGACGUUUAGUUUGUGCAGAAUGUGAGGCGUUGUGUUUACUGACCUCUCUGUGUGUUGGAACUCUCAGAACUCGGUCUGAUUGUGUGACCGAGGCGUCGCUGUUGUUCCCACAGAUUCAAAUAUUUUAAUAAGAAAAGGAACCUGCUGAGUUUCCUCAGUUACUGAUGACGUGUUUGUUCUAAUAAAUAACAGCUUCUGUAUGGAAA